ACUCAACCUUCCAAUUCCACUCCUACGGCCGAGACUUAGCCAACCAGAGUCUGGUUUGAGCGAGAGAGAGGAGGCGUAGAGCGCUUUGGCUGUCGUAUUGUGUCUAUACAUCUGACGUCGCUCGCUUCAUCUCAUUGCUGUAGUUAUAGUCUGUCAUUUUUUCAGUCUCCUUCGCCCUCGACUCGAUCUGCGAACCGCCAUCCUUCACCCCGAAUUCGUGAACGGAUUAUCCAGCCUAUCCUCUAAUUUACUCGAUAUAUUCGAUGCCUCAACAUGUUUGAUUUGCCUUCGGCGAUUUUCAAUACUAUCGAGUCCGUCGCCGUCGCCUUUCCUGUAUGAUAAAGGACAAGCGUGCAUUACAAGCACUCGCUAUCUGUCCCUUUCGAUCCAGGCGUGCCGGCUCAAUUGUCUAAAAGUCAUUUAUAAUGGAUCCUCCACAUCUCACCGAAUUCGCCUCGCAGCGGUAUUUCGAUAAGCUCAAGCAGCUAAGCGAGUCCAAAGAUCAACCUCACGAUGCUGUUGCUCACGCGCAAGAUGGCUCUGUCGUGGCCGAAUCCUCGACAUUCAUACUACCUAUCAGAAGACCGAAGGCAGUCGAUCAAGUCUCGCACGACACCCACAGGGCAGAAAAGCGCCGUGGCAAUUUCAUCGGCUUUAAGAUUUUACCGUCGCGCAAUUCCGUCGAUCACGACUCCCGACGAUUGUCUGUCGAUUCUACGAAGAGGAAGAGCACGCCUUUCGAUCAAUUGUUCCUGGCACUCCCCAAUGAGCUGAAGAUCCAGAUCAUUGCCUCUCUGCCUUUAUCUGACGUACUAAGCCUUCGAUUAGCCUCGCGGUCAUGGCACGCGAUGAUUACAGUCAACGAAUUCCCGAUUGCUCGAUACCACCUGGAACAUCACGUCCCGGCUUAUGCGAAGCGAUUAUACCCAGUGCCCGAUCCGACCGCGAUACGGCUCCAUUAUCUCUGUGGGAUAUGGCACCGACUACACGUUGCUGCUAAGCUCUCUUACUUAAUAUGCGAGAGGGUGACGAAAGAGAUAUUUCUGAGAACUACCGAGGCUCAGCGCCUUGAAUUCGAGCCGCAAUACGAAAGGAUGCGCCGCCGAUUAAUACCACUACUCUUUACAGUAUUUCAUUUUUUCGAAACGUACCGAACAUUGCAUAUCGAAUACAUCAAGGAACAUGGGCAUGGUUUGUCACGGGAGCCAUAUACCCUGAACCCUAUCGAGCUAAAGAUCAUGAGCAUGUAUGACGACCAGACGUUAUUACGCGUUCACCAGGUGUUCCCCCUGGUGGUGUCUUCCUUCUGUCGACGCCUUCGACCACCGUCCUACGUGGGUCGGCUAGAACGUUCUCUCCGAGGUUACCUGAAGGACCGGCCUCCCGACGAAGUUUACGUGACUGCAAUGUGUGUUGGCGGACUUCGACAGGUGGAACGGUUCUGGGAGAUUAAAGGGUAUAAUUCGAGGAGAGGGGCCGUCGAUUCGUGGUAUAAUUCGGUCCUGAGGGAGCCCAUGGAGGUGGCGUCGAAAACGCGGCGAGGAUUUAGGGGUCUUACUCGGAAAAAGUCGAGCGCGAGCGAGGCCGAUUUUACGAGAUCUGGAGAAACCUACGUAAACGGCCGCGGGCGGCAAGGGUCGGACGCGGGCCGACGUGGCAGUGAUGCAUCGAUGAUUGCAUGGGAAAAUUUGGUCUUUAAUACGAGUCUGGCUGAGGGUAUGCCGAUGGGCGAAUUAACGCGCGAACAAUUGAAGAUAUUGAUUCCCGACCUACCGAACUUACAAGAAAUAUGGCUCCCAACAGCUGAGGCUCUUAUAUUAGACCGAGGGAUCGUGGAGCGCCCUCAGGACAUUAAACGUAACGCGCAGGUCAUGCUGGAGCUGAUUCGCGAGGACGGUGCUGCCGAGGAAGACGAAUGGUGGUACGGACGGAUAGCACCGGAGUCGGUCCGACCGCCUCUCGAAGCAAUUGAGGAAGAUCCCAUCGAAUAAUUACUUACUAUCUACCUAUCUACUUAUUUACCAAAGGGGACGGGGGUUGUUGGGUUGUUGGGUUAGUUGAUUGAUACCUAGCAUA